UAUCCCAGGGUCGCCCGUUGAGGUACUCUGUAUUAACAUGGCAAUGCAUGCCUUCAACGUCGGCUCGUUGCCAUCGCAGUGACUGUCGUCUACAGUUGCUAGAAGCCCACUGCGAUGCAAGAUUUGCUGCAAACGUCGGCAUGGCAAAUGUAUAAAUGCAAAGCGUCACCUCCGCAUGAAGAGUUCGUUUGGCCUUCCCAGAUACGCUCUCGUCUUCUCGUCACAAACCUAUUCCACCACUACUCAGAAUCCAUUCACGUCGAGAUGCAGCCUCCGCUCGCCCUUCUACCCAUCUUCGUCGGUGCCGGCAUGCACAAAGCUGUACAGCAGAAACUCCAAUCUCCCCCUCCGACAACCACCGUGGAUUAUGCUCUCGAAGCUGUCUCAACUGUUCCUAUGGCGCUCCCCGGAAACGGUAUGUUCCAUGGCGUACAAGCAGCUGACUUUACUCCAGAUGCCAUCACCUUCACAGUCACGGGCGCCAGCACCACCUCGACUUUCGCGUUGAUGCCGAAACCGACUGCCCCGAACACUUUCUCGACCAUCGUCGUGCCCGAAACGACCGCCUCGGCCGGAUCGGCGGAAGAUCUAGACGGACCGGUGCAGACUCCUCCUGCCCACGGACCUCCACGUAUAUCGGCCGAAGCUGCAGACGAACCAGCGCAUACUCCUCCCCAUGGUCCUCCACACAGACCAGCGGAAGAUGCAGAUGGAACGGCACUGUCUCCUCCCCAUGGACCUCCAUAUAAAUCGGCGGAAGAUGCAGAUGAGCCGGCACUGUCUCCUCCCCAUGGAUCUCCACAGGUACCGGCAGAAAAUUCAGACGAGCCAGCACUGUCUCCUCCCCAUGGACCUCCACAUGUAUCGGCGGAAGAUGCAGACGAGCCGGCACAGUCGCUUCCCCAUGGACCUCCAAAAGAUCAACAUCACAUGAUGUUUGCUGCUCUCAUGAAGCCUGAUGUCUCUCCACCUGGUGAUGAGGAAGCAGAAUCGGAGCCCACUCCCGUUGCACAUCCGAGGACUCGCGCCAAGAGGACAUUGGCCGUCACGACAGAUGCACCGAUUGCGGAACGAGAUGAAGUCUCGAUGGCCACGCGAGUGGCCUGCACCAGCGCAUGUGUUCGUGCGGACAUGUCAUGCUUGGUCAAGGCGUCCCGAGUGACCAGUGAAUUACGGAAGUGGUAUGUUUAUAACCUCAUCCUCAGAAAGUCCAUUCAUGGCCUCGAGUCGAACGUCACUGACCUAUGUCGUACAGCGCGGAGACAUUUGCAAAAUGCUCGAAGAGGUGUUCAAAGGGAGACAAUAGAACUAGAAGAUGAGCAAAUCGGGUAUAGAUUAUAAUGAAGGAUGAAGGACAAGUGACGAAGUUUUCUUUUCUCUUCAAUACCACAGCAGCGAUGGAAUCAUGUGAUAUGUUCAAAGAAC